GAAUGUUCUCUAUAAAUCUUUCGAAAGCUCGCUGCUUCUCUUGCACCCCACAUUGUGUUUCUUGGGCUUGAGAGUUCCUUGGUUCUGCUUUCGCAUAAUGGCUCUCAAGCUCCAGUUGCUUCUCUCUCUCUCAGCCACCCUCUUUCUUGUGCAAACUCCGGCCAACGGUGCAACUUGCAGCAAUUGCUUUGUCUCUUCUCGUGCCUCCUAUUACCCGAAUUCGAGUCAACAAGGAACAGACUCUGGGGCAUGUGGGUUUGGUUCAUUUGGAACUAUAAUUAAUGGUGGAGAUGUGUCGGCAGCAUCUGAUCUCUAUCGCGGUGGUGUCGGCUGUGGCACUUGCUAUCAGGUGAGGUGCACCAGCGGUAAGUACUGCUCGGAUAAAGGCGCAACCAUCGUUAUAACUGAUCAAGGUUCGGGUGAUCGCACGGAUUUCAUUCUAAGCCAACAUGCCUUCAGCCAAAUGGCUCAAACACCCGAUGUAGCCAGCUACUUAUUUACACUUGGUGUUGUUGACAUCGAAUACAGACGGGUUUCCUGUAGCUACCCAAACAAGAAUAUAACCAUCAAGAUCGAUGGGAGCAGCAAUAACCCCUAUUAUUUGGCCUUUGUGAUAUGGUAUCAACAGGGCAAUAAGGACAUCACCGCCGUGCAGCUAUGCGAGACUCAGAAUUAUGUAUGCAAGCUCCUGGACCGGAGAUAUGGUGCAGUUUGGACAACCACCUCGCCCCCUAGCGGUCCAUUGUCCCUGAGGAUGUUGCUCAGCGGCGACGAUGGAGACGAGACAUGGCUGGUCCCUGUCAACAACAUACCUCAAGACUGGAAAGCCGGAGAAACAUAUGAUACCGGAGUACAGAUCAGCUAAUUGUUAAAAAGCCAAGGAAAGACAGCUGAUUGUUUUGUAGUAUGUUCAAUAGAAAUAAUUGCUCGUGAGCAUUCUUGUUCUUUCAAUGGGUUAUAGAAUAAUUGUCCUCCUUAGAGAUGAGCAGUGAUUUAGCUAGAGAAAUGCUUAUAUUAGUCUUCCACAUUUGGAUGAAAUACUCAUGUACUAUGGUAUGGAUGAAGAAAUAAAUCUCGGAUUUUGU